AUGAAGAAGGAUCCAGAUGGACGAGGUAUAAGCGCAUUGGGCUACGAUGGUGUCCUCCGUACAUUCGAUGAGGAACGGAAUGUUCUUGAUGUAGUUGGCCUCAACCCAGCCCAGAUUAGAGAGUAUUACGAUGGCCGACCUCUACCCCCAAGACUCCUCACCGCCGACGGCCGUAACAUAUCCCGCUGGGAUAUGUUCCAUCCUGCCACGGAGAGUAUUCCCGCGAAGCCUACAGAGGAGGAAAAAGCCAAGAUUCUGGCCCAGAACGAGGAAUUGCGAAGAUGCGGAGUUAUAUGCCGUGUUCCAGACAAAUCGGCAGAGGACGGCGAGCCGACCAAGUCGUAG